AUGCACCAGCACUCACUCGAUCGCGUCGAUGCGCUCGCCGUAGGCGAUCAAGCAAGUUACGACAUAUUUAGCGCGUCGUCGUCCAACUCAAUGUCGGGUCAGCGGUUCCGUUCAGCUGCACCGCCAUCGUCAAUGGGCCCAGGAUAUGGCAUGGCGACCGACGCAAUGUUCCCACAGAACAGCUUCCCAGAGACCAUGUCCUCUUUCCAGAACAGUGGCUCGCCGUCAUACGACAUGAUCAACGGCAUGUCCUCGUCAUACAGCAGUGGUAAGCCGUCGCCUCUAACUCCGAGCGACGGUAUAGGCAACUUCCAUCACUCACCCGGAUUUCCAUUCUCAAACGGGCAAUCCAAGGACUUCCACUCUCACAAUGGCUUCUCGGACGUGGUCGAUCGCCGUCCUAGCUCAGGAAGCUAUCCCUCUGAUUUCAAUGAGGACUAUGGUGGCAUGAACGUCAACUCGGCCAUGGGUCUCGGCUUUUCCCCUUCUCAAUUGCAGCAGUUCCAGGGCCGCAUGCAGUCCGACUCGAGAUACCCUUCUGUCGUGCCUCCUCUGACUGUUCCAACGCAUAUGCAUCAAGGUGCCGAUGCGAUGAGGGGAGUCAACCCUCACGCAACACAUGGCUUCAGGUCUGACGGUGGAGUGCCGUCAUAUGAUGACAUGCCACAAUAUCUCGCGCCGAACCCUUCAAUCGACUUCCCUCUCCGAAUCCCCAGCGUUGACCUGUCGCGCAUGCGGCUACAGCAGUCGCCCACGAGUGGCGCGUCUGAUCUCCAAUCCUUCAUACGCCCGUAUCUCGAUCAAUACGUGCGCUCCCCCAACCGCCUAGCUUUCGGCGAACGCACGGUCAUUGUUAUGUCUAGUAAGGUCGCCCAGAAGUCUUACGGCACCGAGAAGCGAUUCCUCUGUCCUCCGCCUACCGCCAUCAUGAUAGGCAAUUCGUGGUGGUCGGAUGUCAUGCGCCGCGGAGAGGAACCAAAGUUGUGUCCUCCUCGGGUGGUAGUCUCCAUCUCCGGAGAGCCUGCACCGCAAGAGAGCACGAUCGAGUGGACGGGCGCGACGGGCAAGACAUUCGACGUCUCGGAUCCUCCUUCUGGAACAACAUAUCUUGGCCGCUGCGUCGGCAAACAGUUGUACAUUUCCGAUGUGGAUGAGAAGAAGAAGAAGGUGGAAGCCCUCGUCAAGAUUAUGGCACCGUCCGCCGAGGAUGAGCCCGAGCGCGUGAUCGGAACGUUCCCCAGUCGCCCCAUCAAGGUCAUUAGCAAGCCGAGCAAAAAGCGGCAGAGCGCUAAAAACCUCGAGCUGUGCAUCAAUCACGGGUCCACCAUCUCUCUGUUCCACCGCCUCCGGUCUCAGACGGUUUCGACGAAGUAUCUUUGUGUUUCUGGAUCAGGGUCGUCAUUCAAAGGAUCCGAUGGUGCUCCGCUCAUGGGUCUGGAUCAGCGUGUCCGCACACAGACACCGUCCUUUAUCGCGAGGACGGCCAGCUGGGACCCAUUUAUUAUGUACAUCGUGGAUGUCAACAAACCCGCUGGUGGCGUUGAUUCUCCGCCUCCCCCGCCAUUGCAGCCGGAGUACCCCUCUCCUCCACCUAACGCCAUUCCCUUUACCAACAAUGGGUCGCAGAUCCCUGUUUAUUAUAACCAAACUGUCGUUCUCCAAUGCUUGACUUCUGGCGUGGUCAGCCCAGUGUUGAUCAUCAGGAAGGUCGACCAUCAGACGAUUGUUGUUGGUGGCGGCCUUCAGGAGGGCGCGAAGGGCAUCGCUGACCAUUAUUGUGCUCCAGGGGAGGUGUGCGGCGAUCCUGUCUCUCAAUUACACAAAAUCGCAUUCGAGGUGUACGACCCGAGUCGCGGACCGCCGGAAGCGGGUACUCCAGGCCAAAGUGGCGCUUUCCUGUCCUGCAUGGGCGAGAAGGUUAAUACGUAUCGUCCAGUCGACGGACGCAUUUGGAAUGCUGCGCCUGGGGGGAUGUCGCGCGAGACUGGCUCGCCCCUUGCGACGCCUGGCUCUCCUGACGGCAGCACGCCGACAUCCACCCCGGGCUCCACGGACUACUUUGGCUCGGGAAGCUUAAGCAGUACGCCGACGUCUCCUGACCCCACUGAUUUCCCGUCGAAUGAUGGGGGACGUGUCAAGAAGGGCAAGCGCGGGUCAUCUAGCACAGGUGGCAUCACGAAGCCGAGCUCGCAGAAAGGUCGACGGAGACCUACUUCGGCAGGCUCGGCAGGCUCCAGUCGUCGCCCGUCCCAUGCCGAGUCGUCUGCGUCGUCGGGUGCUCUGUGGCAGGUGGACAUUGGCGAGACCAGCGUAUGGACCAUCGUCGGGACCGACCAAAUCAGAUACAACUUCUAUGUCCCACCAGUGCUGUACGACAACCAAAACGCGCCGCAAACCGGGUCAUUCCCUGUCCCGUCGAAGCCCGUCACUCCCUUCCCGGGAGUAGUGAAGUACUUGCCCCCCGAUCGGGCAGCGGAGGCACCCAAAAAUCACGCUUCGGCUCGGGCAGCGCUCACGAAGCCCAAUCCGCACACGGCGAAGAUGCUAACGCUGUAUGGGGAGAACUUCUCCAAGACGGACCCUGUCACCGUCUUUUAUGGUUCCGAUCCUUCGCCGUACGUGGAAGUUCGCUGUGCGGAAGUGGUCGGGUCCCUCCCGCCGGACUCGCAGAGCACGAAGCGCAGGCCAAUCAUCCUCGUGCGGUACGAUGGCGUCGUUUUCCCGUCGAACGUGUACUAUCCUUGA